AUGGCCACGCAAGCUGUGAAUUUUGCCACCUACAUUUACAUUACGGGAGUUACAUGGUUGGCAAUGCUUUGGUAUUACCAGGAGGACCCGCCACAUUUCGUCCUAUUCUUCCCGUUCUACAUCGUAUUGGCCUGUGUAUUGUGGGGCGUAACCAACAUUGUGAAGAAAGUAUACGAUUUUGAUGAUUGUGUUUCGGCUCGUGAAGAACUGCUCGGCGAGAUCGACGAGGCAAGGAAGAAUAUGAAGUGCCUGAAGAAAGAC